AUGACCACAGAAAUUGUUCCAAGAGGGUUUGGGAACUCGUGUGAACUUGAGUCUGCCUUUCAUCCGCAGACGGACGGAUCACCAAUUGGAUGGUUUGGACCGAUCGAAGUAGAGCUACUGGGUCCUGACUUAGUUCAUGAAGCAAUCGAGAAGGUGAACCUUAUGGUGCAACGACUCAAGACAGCUCAGAGUCCACAGAAGUCAUAUACGGACAUGCCACAUCGCGAGCUAGAGUUUGCAGUAGGUGACAAGGUGUUCCUAAAGGUGUCACCAACGAAAAGAUUUGUGCGGUUUGGUAGAAAGGGUAAGCUUAGCCCUCGUUUUAUUAGCCCAUACGAGAUUUUGAGAAGAAUUGGGAAAGUGGCUUACGAGUUGAAGUUACCAUCUGAGAUAGCUAUGGUGCACCCUGUGUUUCACAUUUUGAUGUUGAGGUUGUACAAGCCUGACCCUUCUCAUGUCUUGAAUCAUGACGAGAUUGAAAUCAAUGAAGGGUUGUCUUAUGAAGAGGAACCUGUGCAAAUCUUGGAUCGUCAAGUUAGGAGGUUGAGAAUGAAAGAUGUGGCUUCGGUUAAAGUCCUGUGGCGUAAUCAUAAUACUGAAGAAGCUACUUAG